UUUAAUUGUCUGUCACAGUUCCGCCAGACAUAGUGGACAGCGACACGUCAUCAGACGUCUCCGUGGAAGAGGGAGGGGAGGUGAUCAUCACCUGCAGGGCAAGAGGUCGUCCUGAGCCGAGGAUACUCUGGAGGCGCGAAGACAGCUCUGGAAUUUCACUCAAGGGCAAAGAAAGUCCAAAAGUGGAAACACACAGUGGAGAAAGGUUGGUACUGUCUAACGUUGAUAGAAGUCAGAUGGGAGCUUACCUUUGCAUAGCUAGCAACGACGUACCUCCAGCAGUAAGCAAGAGGAUAUCACUCAACGUUAAUUUUGCGCCUUCUAUAAAGGUACCCAACCAGCUUCUUGGGUCGCCUCCUGGAAAAGAUGUGACGAUGGGCUGCCACGUGGAAGCCUACCCAAAUACCAUCAACUACUGGCUCAAGAACAGAGGGCAGAUGCUUCUCACAAAUGGAAAACACGUGGUAGAAGAAAUAAGGAAUCUUUAUAAAGUUCAACUGAAACUCACCAUUAAGAACUUCAACUCGACAGACAUAGGAACUUACACCUGUGUUUCAACUAAUUCCCUUGGUAAAGCGGAAGGUUCAGUUAGACUGUACGAAAUUAAGAUACCGACUACAACCACAACAACAACAACUACAACCACUACUACAACUGAGAUGCCAACUACAACAGCUACUCUUCCAACACACUACCAAGUUGAGUUGAACGAAGUCGACACGAGUAGUGUGAAAAGUGGUCGUAACAGCAGAAGAAGACAGCAUUUCCCUAUGUCUUCAGCGUCAGACCAAUACAUUAAUGAGUUUCUCUUCCUCUCUGUGUUGAUAUUCUAUCUGUUAAGAUGACAUGUACAGGAGUGAAAUGAUUUAUAAAAGUUAUAUUAUGGCUCACUUCUAGAGCUGAGAAAAGACUAAUAACUUCUUGAUAUAUAAAAUCGAUGUUUUUUCUGAUCGAUCUUAGUGUUUAUAUGUUUUAUUGUGCUGAAUGUAGUCCUCAUGGAUAAAAAAAAAUAAUCAUAAAAAUUAAGAGGUGAACUGAAUGGUUCCAUCAUUAUAAAUCCAUAUUAAUGUGUCCUCGGUUUAAGUUAUUAUUAAAAUAAAUAAAAACAACAAGAUAUUUAUAUUACAUACUGUAUAUUCCUGGUCGCUCAGUUAUGUGUACAUAUUCAUAAAAUAUUGUAUAAUUUGUUAUUACUUAAAUAUUUCAGAGAAUUUUAUGAUUUUAUUUUACUACCAUGUAAGUAAUUGUAUUACAUUUCUAUAAAAUGUACUAGUCUACUAUUACUACCUAGUGCUAAUUUAUUUUUGUUUAAACAUUGUAUAUUAACAUUAUAUUCAAAAAUAUCUGAUUCAUAAUGCUGGAACAAACAAUGUCAAAUUUUUACAGCUUUAUCAAAGAGAAAUUUAUUGGUAGCUGAAUGUUUCAAACAGAAAAAAAUAUGUAAUUAUUCUGAUAAACUUGUAUGUUAAAUGUUUUCAUUACUAGAAUUUAAUCUCUCUUGUGUAUAACUAAGUAAGAAGAAUACUCAACAAACCUCAGUCCUCAAAAUUUGAUAUUGUAUGUUCUUGCAUUAAGUAACAAAUACCUUAUUCAAAAGUGUUAUAACUAAUCCAAUAAAAAUAAUUAAUAAAUCUAUCGAUAAUUUUAUUAAUACAAUUAUUAAUAAAUAAAUUUAUCAAGAAUUAUUUCUUGAAAAAUUCAACAGAAGGAAAAUAAACAUAAGAUAUUACAGUCAUCUGAAAUUUUUUUUAUGUGGUAUAUAAUUCGCCAAUUUUGCAACCUCCAAUUUUUCUUUUUAAGUAUAUAUUUUUCCUAAUAAAUAUUGGCCUAAUGAUAGUAAAAAUAAAUGUGUACAAUUAUGCAGUUUCUUUAAAAAAAAAAAAUAACAAUUAAUGGAUUGAAAGGAAUUACACCAUGAAGGAUCAUUAUUUAUCAGUUAAUUUCAAACAAUAAAAUUAAUCAAAAAUAAUAUUUGUACCUACUGUUUUAUUAUCUUCCGUCUUACUGCAGUAAAUUUUUGUUGAGUUGAUAAAACAUAAAUAAAACUAUUUAUUAUCCACUUGAAAUUAAAAUCAGACUGUAAAUUAUAAUAGUAAUAAAUUAUUGAAGGAAGUUAGU